CCAAACAGACGCUAACGCCAGAAAAUGGAGGAAAACUCCAAUAGGGCUGAAGCCUUACGGCUUCUAGGGAUGGCGGAGAAGCUGCUCCAGAACCGCGAUUUGAACGCCUCCAGAGAUUUCGCGGUCUUGGCCCAGGAGACUGAGCCGCUGUUGGAGGGUUCAGAUCAAAUCGUGGCAGUUGUGGACGUGCUUCUUGCAGCGGAGAAUCGCAUAAACAACCACCACGACUGGUACGCCAUCUUGCAAAUCGACCGUCGAUCCGACGACCACGAUCUCAUCAAGAAGCAAUACCGCCGUCUCGCGCUCCUUCUCCACCCGGACAAGAACAAGUUCUCCUUUGCAGAUCAGGCUUUCAAGCUCGUCGCCGACGCGUGGGCGGUUCUGUCUAACUCUUCAAAAAAAGAACUUUACGACAAGGAAUUGACUAUGUUCUCGAAGGUGGAUUUGAGCAGCAGUAACUCCAAGUUGCCGGUCAGAAGGGGAGAGAAGUUGAAUCAGACCAGAAAUGUAAAGAAAUCAACAGAUGCUAAUAACAGUAACAGCAGUUCGGGAGAUCUAAGGUCAAGAUUGUCAACAUUUUGGACUGCAUGCCCGUACUGUUACAGGUUGUUCGAGUAUCCUAGGGUUUACGAAGGUUGCUGUUUGAAGUGCCAGAAUUGCAAUCGAGCGUUCCAAGCGGUGUUGAUUCACAAUUUGCCGCCCAUGGUCCCCGGAAAGGACGCCUAUUACUGCUGCUGGUCGUUUUUUCCCUUAGGAUUUGUGAUGGGAAAGCCGGAUGGUGAUGGAAAAGCCCCUGCCGGAGCAGGGGUCGUGUUUCCCAAUUGGAUGCCACCAAUGUUUCCAUCGCAGCAGGAGAGUGAGAAAAAUGCUGGUGGUCGUGUUACUGCUGCACCAGCGCCUGCUGCUGCGACAGCCAAUAGAGGGGCUGAGAGAAGGGGGAAUGUGGUGCCAUCUGUGAAUAUUUCUGCUAGAAAUGCAACUAAUUCGGCCCCAAGGAAGAGGGGAAGGCCCCGAAAGAACCCAUUGUGAGGAUAAUUAUCUGGAAUUUGAUUUCAUUUCGUUUGUAAUUUUGAGUAUAACGGAAGGAAGCACAAUGCACAAAUGCUUCCAGUCCUCUAGCAAGAGUUGCAGAGUUGUUAUAUUAAGACCAAGAGGGAAAGGAAGGCUGAGGCUUGCUUUGGGAACAUUCUAGGUACUAUUUUUAGUUUUCUUUCUUUGCCUUUGUUUGUUUGACCGUAGAUGUUUUAUUUCUUGUAACCCACCACCUCAUAGGUGAUAUGUAACAUUAUGGGAAAUGUAGCAAUGUCAUUUCAGCCAGUUUUCUAACUUUUGAUUCGAGCAAUUUGUUUUUAGUU